GCAGUCCUUCCGGCGUUACGACGUUGAGGGAAGUUACUUGCUUUUGUUUUCAGGCCAAUUUCGAACUCUUGGCAGUUCUGCCUCAGCCUCCCAAGUGCUAGGAUUAUAGGCAUAAGCCUCCAGGCCGGGUCUGGGCAGAUCCUCAAAAGUGGGAUGAGGCUUCAUCCUAGAAGGUUUAGUAGGGGUAUGUAGCUAAUUGGGCCCUAAUUGAGCUGUAUGCAGGCACUUGGAGAUAAAGAAUAGUCUAACCAGCAAAGCCAAUUACCUCUAAGAAAAGGUAUUUAGAACCGGACAGUGAUGGCGCACACCUUUAAUCCCAGCAUUGGGAGGCAGAGCAGACACAUCUGACAUGUCAUUUGAGGAGCUGUUGGAGUUGCAGAGCCAAGGGGGACCCAAGGCAUGCAAACAGGUGGUAGCUGGAAGGAGCACUGAGAAGCAAAGCCCCAGACAACCCGUGUGUGUUGCAGAUAAGCACCGACCUCUGGAAAUGUCAGCCAAAGUUCGAGUGCCAUUCUUACGUCAGGUUGUUCCCAUCAGUAAAAAGGUAGCCCGAGACCCCCGCUUUGAUGAUCUGUCAGGGGAGUAUAACCCUGAGAUAUUUGACAAAACUUACCAAUUCCUGAACGAUAUUCGAGCCAAAGAAAAAGAGCUUGUGAAAAAGCAGUUGAAGAAGCACCGGUCGGGGGAGGAGCAUGAGAAGCUGCAGCAGCUGCUUCAUCGGAUGGAACAGCAAGAAAUGGCACAGCAGGAACGAAAGCAGCAACAGGAGCUGCGCCUGGCCUCGAAGCAGGAGCGGCGGGCUCUGGCACAACAGGGUCAUCGGCCAUACUUCUUGAAGAAAUCUGAGCAGCGCCAGUUGGCCCUAGCUGAGAAGUUCAAGGAGCUGAAACGUAGCAAGAAGCUGGAGAGUUUCUUGAGUCGAAAGAGGCGCCGGAAUGCAGGCAAGGACAGGAAGCAUCUCCCUCUGAGCAAUGAGUAAGGAACACUGUCGCAGGGAGACCUGGAUCUGUAGGACCAAUCUGGGGCUGGCCAGUUCUGAUUGUUCCUGCCCAAAGACAAGCAUCACAAGUACCCUGAACUAGGCUGCCUGAGAAGACUGGCAUGCCCCUGGACUGUACAAGGGCUCUACAGCAACAGGAGCUCAGCCUUUCUCCAUAUCCUUCAUUGUGUUCUCGCUCAUGCUCUCCUUAAACCAGUGAGUCAACCUGGGGUAUGUUCAUGACUCCAGGGAAGGGACUAUACAUAAGAGCCAUUUUGGAAGCAUGCUUUUUACUCAUUGUU